CCAUAUAUGUCAAUCCUGAUGCAUCAGGGAGAUUGCAUAUUUAUUUACUACUCAAGAUUGGAAUGUAUAGAACAGUAACUAGAUUGUUCAUGUAGGUUUCUUUAAUCCAAGAUUGGAAUGUUCAAAGAAGAAAGAAAGUGACAAGAUCUCAUCAAACACCCGUAUUAAAAUCUUUGGGGGUUCAAUUUAAAAAAGAAGAAGUCAUUAAUCUAUUCAAGAAAAAAAAAAGCAGAAAAAUACAAGAAUGAGAAGAGUUGGAACAAAUUUGCAGGACUAAAGUAUUAAUUUUUAUCACAUCGGGUGACGAUCGGUGGUCCUAAGGGAUGAAAGUAGCCGCCACACCAUGGUUCCUCUCAGUUUCUUCAAAGUGCAGUCAUCAGAGGAGGAACUACUUGCUCAUAUACACUGCGAAGAAAACUCUCAUCCACCACUAUUAAUCGGCAAUAGCUGGGAAUGGAAAUGAGAUUCAAUUUCAUUAUGGCCGCUCUCUUCCUUUGCUUCAUGUUGUUCCCUUCAGUUUUUCCUUCAUCUGAUGCUGGGUUGGUCAGAAUGAAGCUCAAAAGGAGAAAAUUUCACCAAAACAACCGAGCAGAUGCUUGGGUUGACUCCAAGAAAAGCAAGCCAGUGAAAUCACAUACAAGGAAGUAUUCUCUUCUUGAAUAUGCAAGAGAUCAGGAAGGUAUGGAAAUAGUAGAACUAGUGAGCCACAUGGAUGCUAUGUAUUAUGGUGGGAUUGGUAUUGGCACUCCCCCACAGAAUUUCAAUGUGCUUUUCGACACUGGGAGUACUGAUUUGUGGGUGCCAUCAACCAAGUGUGAAUCUCUUGCUUGCUUUGAGCAUUUCCAGUAUAAUUCAUCCCUUUCAGAGACCCACAAAACAAUCACAGGUCCAUCAGUGGAUGUUCACUUUAUUUCUGCAGCUAUUUCUGGGUUCUAUAGUCAAGAUCAUGUGAAAGUUGGUGAACUUGUUAUCAAAGAUCAGAUAUUUAUGGAAGUAACCACAGAGACUAAUGAUCCAUUCUUGGAAGAAAAGUUUGAUGGUUUGCUCGGACUUGGAUUCCAAGAGAAGUCAGCUGGAAAUGCUUCACCUCUGUGGUACAACAUGGUCAAUCAGAGUCUCAUAAACAAACCAGUUUUCUCAUUUUGGUUUAAUUGUAAUGCUAAGGAUGAAGAAGAGGGUGAAAUUGUUUUUGGCGGGGUAGAUCCUAAGCAUUACAAGGGUGAGCAUACAUAUGUCCCUGUGACGAGGACAGGAUUUUGGCAGUUUGAUAUGGGAGAUUUCAGCAUUUAUAGUCAUGAAACUGGAAUCUGUGCCCAUAAUUGUGCAGUCAUAGUUGAUUCUGGAGCCUCUGUGCUAGGUGUUCCUACGAUUGUUGUGGCUCUUGUUAAUAACUUCAUUCAAGCUUCUGGAGUUGUGGUUAAUGAGGACUGCAAAGCUGCAGUUUCUACCCAUGGAAAAGACAUAUUAAGGAGGCUCCGAGCAAAUGAAAAACCAAAGGAAAUAUGUGUAGAAGUAUUUGGUUGUACAUUUCAUGGGAUUCGAGGCAUGAGUGCGGUCAUUGAGAAUGCUGUCAAUGAGAAUAUUAACAAAGGAAGUGGAGGCUUGGGCAGUUCAAUGUGCUCUACUUGCGAAAUGAUGGUUCUGUGGAUGCAGAACCGGCUAAAACGGAAGGAUCCGGAAGAUCAGAUUUUGAGUCUUAUUGAUCAGAUCUGCAGUUGGUGGCCUAGUCCUGAGGGAGAGACUGAAGUUGAUUGUGAAAUAAGUGGCCAACCAACCUUUUCCUUAACAAUUGGUGGAAGGAGAUUUCUGCUAAGCGCUGAUCAGUACAUCAUCAGAAGGGACUCGGGAGAAAAAGCUCGAUGCUUUAAUGCAUUUACAGCUAUGGAUAUUUCAACACAUAGGGGACCUGUUUGGAUAUUGGGGGAAGCAUUUAUGCGUCGGUACCAUACCGUAUUCGACGCAGCCAAUAUGUUGAUUGGAUUUGCAGAAGCUCAGUAACCCUAAUCUUCUCUUGUUUGGUCCUAUUUUGUAUGUAAAAAACUGAAUAUUCAUGUUGGAUGAUUAUUCUGUUUCAUUUGGUUGAUAGAUGUAAUGGUUAUGUGCUUGAAAGUUGGAAGUUGACCUGAUCAAACCCCAGCCUGGGCCAGGCUCGGGUGGGCUUUGGAUGAAGGUUAUAGUUUUUUAUUGGCUACUAAGGCCCGGUUGAGCUUUCAGGCCCAUUUGAAGUUUUUGAACGCAAUUUGUGAAUCCAAGCCCAGUCCUAAUAUAAUGAAAUAAUUACCAUUUAAUCAAUA